UUCGUAUUAUGUUUGUUUUGCAGAAGCUUUAAAAGAAAUAGACGAUGUCUAUGAAAAAUACAAGUCCGAGAACGAUCCUGUUCAGAAGAAACGCUUGCAGCAGCAUCUCCAGCGUGCUUUAAUCAACAGUCAAGAACUCGGAGAUGAAAAAAUUCAAAUAGUUACUCAGAUGCUAGAACUGGUAGAGAAUAGAGCCCGACAGAUGGAAACACACUCUCAAUGUUUUCAAGAUCUGUCUGAAAACGACAAGCCUCUAGAAAAGGCGAAGAUGGAGUCCUGCCAGCCAGAGAGAUCUUCACGUAGACCUCGUCGGCAGCGAACCAGUGAAAGCCGCGACCUGUGCCAUAUAGCAAACGGGAUCGAUGACUGCGAUGACCAGCCGCCUAAAGAGAAAAGAUCGAAAUCUUCCAAGAAGAAAAAACGCUCCAAAGCCAAACAAGAGAGAGAGGUUUCACCCGUGGAAUUUGCAAUUGAUCCCAAUGAACCCACUUACUGCUUAUGUAACCAAGUGUCUUACGGCGAGAUGAUAGGAUGUGAUAACGAACAGUGUCCUAUCGAGUGGUUCCACUUCUCGUGUGUUGGACUCACCUAUAAGCCAAAGGGGAAAUGGUAUUGCCCCAAGUGCAGAGGAGAUAACGAGAAAACUAUGGACAAAUGUACUGACAAAUCAAAAAAGGAUAGAAGAUCGAGGUAGUGAAUGCAAUUCGUGUUUUAAAGAGUUGCUCCUUUUAUAUUGAAAUGUUUAAUUUCCAGAGAAUGCUGUUUUAGGAGAUGCAUAAGACUAUGCAAUAAUUUUUAAUCUAUAAUAUUAAUGGAGUAUUAAAAGCUGUUAUACCUUCUGUGAUCUUUAACUUUCUGCACUGAGUAACCAAAUAGUUGAAACAGGGUGGCUUCAGACCUUCACAGAAGACAUUACAAACAUACGGCGCUUGAUUGCAAUUUAACCCCGUUAGUAUUUUAAAAAUGACUUGUGAAUCUGGAAAUAAUGGUGGUGGGAAAGAUACUGCAGAACUUUUUUUCACGUUAGGGAGAAGGCAGUGAAAUGCCUCACCUAACUGCUAUCAUCUUAACAACUGCAUUUGUUCUUCAUCCCAUGUCUUAAGUUUUCAGGUUUUGUGUUAACAUCACACAUCUAGAAAUAGGGGUUUUUAAUUCGGCUGUAACUGUAAAAGUCUUCCGAGCUAAAAGCAGACCUCAUCAGUGACUCUCGUAUGACCAGUAUGUUAUUUCAAGAAAGAAAAUACCACUAACUUAAGCUUUUUUUUGUCAAUAUUAAACUAUUGUCUUUGUGACUUCACACUUGGGAGUCAAUUUCUGGAUUUGACAGACUUGUGGUGUAUAAGCAGUAUUGGAUAUUCAUAGUGGGUUUUGUUUUAUUAAGAUGUUUUUUUAUUUUGCCACUGUCUAUAUAAGCUCAGAAGUGGUAGAAUGAUCCCUUGAGAGGGGAUGUAGACAUCUCAGGGAACAGCAAUUGCAAAUCUGAUGAGACUUUCAUCAUAAUCUCCAAAGAGCUGAAAUAUGUUUGAUUUUUCUCUGGGACAUCAGCUUUGCUUUUCCCUCAGUGGUAUGUUUUGGUCUGUGACCACGCUCAGAUUUAGGCACAGCAUCACAGCUCUUGGACUUCACAGGACUUCAGCAACUAUCUAAAAAGCCUGAAAGCAAAUACAAAAAUAAUUAAAGGAACAAAUAUAAGUAUGAUGGGAAUAGAGCAAGUAAACAAAUCCCAGCAGGUUUCUUACAGGCUUAGUAAUAGUAAUGUCCUGAAGUAUAACAGUAGUGUCUAAACUUGGCUAGUAGUAAAAAAAAAAAAAUUAUUUAUUUUUUCACCUCUACCUCAUUGCAGAACUGGAAAAAAUAAAAAUGAUGGAAGCAGCUGCUUCUGUUCCUUUGCAAUAGGAGACAAUAAUAGAGAAGAAAGAAAGAAAUGGUGUACUGAAGC